AUGUCUUCAGAAGACCAACCUUCGGCCCGCAAGCGGUCGACAUCCCGCACACGAACCUCGCGGCCCACGACACCGCUGAGGCCCUCUUCACGCUCAUCCUUCAGGGAGUCGGCCCGCGAGAGCGUGCAUGGCGAUGCGCCUUUCCCCCUCAACACAUUCGAGCCCGCCUUUGCCGAACUUUCUGACGCCAUGGCCGAUCUUGAAGCCAACAUGAUGCACUUCCAGCUCAUGCACGAGAGCCUCGCUCGCUUCAGCGAGAGUUUCGCCAGCUUCAUGUAUGGCCUCAACAUGAAUGCCUUUUGCGUCGACUUCCCAGAGGCGACGCAGGGUCCGAUCGCAGAGUCUUUUCGACGAGCAAGACAGCAACAGGAUGAGCAAGGUGAGUCGGGCGCGGGCCAGUCCAUACACCCGCCACAUGCGAGACAACCUCUUACAUGCAUGGCAGAAACCCAGCGGCCCACCGAAAAACACACCGGGGAGGCGGACGGAGAGACAACCUUCAUGACUACGGAUACGUCAUUUGUCGAGAACCCGCCCACCUCGUCCAAGGCAACGCCGACAUCGAGAUACCAGACACCACGAGCAUCGCGCAUGCCCGCCCCCACGACAAGGGCCGGAGGCGGCAGCCGGGGCACUGCCAACAGCCGAGGAGGAUCUCGCGUCUCCAAAGUCUCCAGCCGUUGUCCACCUGCAAGCCCUUUCUCACCCACCGCGGCGCAUGAGUUGGCCGCCUUUUUCCAUGGUCCAUCCCCCGCCGCCAUGUCGACGAGCGCCGUUCGCUACGUGACGGGAACGAAAAAGAACCCGCUCGGGCUCGUCUAUCUCCAAUGCCAUGUGAAGCCUGGCGCCAGUAAAUCCCGCGAGGGCGUGACGGCGCUGACAGACGAAGCGGUCGAAGUGUGCAUCGCAGCGCAAGCACAGGACGGCGAGGCCAACAAGGCCACCUUGGCGCUCCUCAGCAAGGUACUCGGCCGGCCCAAGUCCGACUUGCGCAUUGCGCGAGGCAUGAAGUCAAGGGACAAGACCAUCGUUGUCGAGGGCAUGUCCCCCGAGUCCAACCCCGAAGACCUUGUCGAUGCCGUUCAGGCGCUUCUUCUACAGGCAGCCGAGAGCACGAAAUGA